AUUGAUCGGAUCACGACGUUCAGGCAAUCGCCGGUGGACCGGUGCCUGACACGGAUUUUGGAAGUGGGAAACCUAGUCAAGCUAGGUAAUUCAAUUGUCUCACACGACCCGCACCUGAACCGCGACGGCGAGGCAUUGUAUCGUUUCUUACUCGCCCGCGCGGAGGAAGCGCCGGACUACGUGCUUCACGUCGUUGGAACGCAUACCGAGACGCGCUACCGAACUGUUACAAGUACCGACUCGCAUGGACGCCAGACGACCCGCGAGGAGCGGGACACCGACAUAAUCACGGAUUUCGACUUCCGUAUUGAUGUCGGCCAGCAUCUGUUGCCGCGCGCCCAUCUAUGGACCGUCGCAGACUAUGAGCCAGCCUACCGCGGCGGCACGAAACGAUGCGUCAAGGACGGACCGCCCGUCACCUGGAGCGAGAGUAAAGCCGCGCGCAAACUACGCGUAUUCCGCGAGCGCGUUGGGUUCCCGCCCUGGGUCGGCGGCAUUCAGCGCGACAGCCGCACCGGCAAGUUCAUCGACCCUGAGGCACAGAUGUGGGACACGAACGCGACGGGAUACGCUCACUUCAGCGUCACAAACACGCGCGGCUUAGAUGUCCUGAGGAGCUCAUGGACGUUGAGGCAAUGGGCAGACGAUUACGCCGCGUCGGACAAGAUAUUCAAGGAGUUUGUCUUCGACAAGGUCGUUUUCGGUUGGCAGACCGGUGUACUGUGCAACGCUGUACGCUCCGCCGUCCUCAGCACGGGUUACGCGGGCGACAUCAAAGUCGACUUCGAAAAGUCACUCGCGCGGGUCGUCGUUCGCCCUGAUACCCGCUUCCAGCGUCUCCUGUCCAAAUUAUGGUUCCGCAUUAUCGCCUGGAUCCUGCUCGUAUACCCUAUCGUCUGGCUCUUCCAGCGUUUCCAUCCGCGAGGGCUUGGCCGGUGGACUGUGGCGGGCAGCGCGCACGCAUUGCAUCGUCAUCAACCCCGUGUGAUCACUGACGAGGACGGCGAGAUCAGACGCCAAUCGUAUGACGAGGGCUUGCGCGAGGGGGAAUGGUUCAAGGCAUGGGAGGGCACCAUCCGUAGGAUGGCCGAGGGACGCGUCCGGUCAAGUACGGCGGUACAAUUGCCGGACGACGCUCAUGCUGUCAGACUUCAUGGAUAUCGACAAUAG